GGCAGCUUGGCAAUCAGCUGACAAGGGGACACAACGGUUCAACACUACUUCAGGAGGAGCUUCGCCAACAUCGUAAGAAUACCAGCGAGAGGAUUGGAACAGUUAUGUUCAGCAAAUAUUACACGCACUGUGGUAAGGGAAAGUCGACUUGCUGCAAUUGCGACAAGCAAAGCCACCGGCAAAAGAAUGUCUAUCGAAAUGACGUGCUCAGAGUCACUUCUCGGCUGAGAAACUGCCUGCCGCUUCCACAGUUACCAUGUCUGCCCUCAUCCUAUGCAGCGUUGCCCUGCAGCGCACGAGUUUCAACAACAUCAUCAUCCUCGACAUUGGAUCUUCGCAACACCUUAUCACUCAAGGCACAGCUCUCACAAACAAGGUCAAGGAUUCUGCCGCCGUCAAGCUCUCCAAUUGCUGCACAAUGAGGGAAAUGGCCAAGGGUUAUUAUGUGCCCAUCCAUGUCGACACCGAUAAAGGCAACGUCGUCAACAUCUAUCUCUAGAAUGCACUUGAGUUCCAGGGCAUGCAGCGGGACCUCAUCAUUGUCAGCGGAGUCAAACUCACGGAGGCCAGCGGCGGCAUCACGCUCAAGAAGGAUGGGGCGACGGCUACCUUGGGCACAUAGCCUAUUGGAGGGAUGGCUCGUUUCGCACGAGAUGAGAUGCUAUGACCUCUUGUUGUUAUCUACGCUACACGAGCUCUGG